AUGUAUUUUAUCAAUAUUUGGCUGGGCAUUAUUCUGCUCGGGAUUAGCAGUGGACUAACAAUUACUAAGCGCAGUUUGCUCGACACUCUCAGAGAAGAUAUCAAGAAUGGACACAUACCGAUGAAAGGUGUCAACCUUGGUGGUUGGCUCGUUGCAGAAAACUGGAUGACAAAAGGAUCGCCAGCCUGGAAUGGAGUUCCCGAUGACAUUGCCAACAAGGGUGAAUACCAAACGAUGCAAUAUCUCGGUCAUGCCAAAGGUGAUAAUCAAUUUAAACAACAUCGCGAUUCAUUCAUCACUGAACAAGACUUUCGUGAUAUCUCUGCCGCCAAGAUGAACACUGUUCGAAUUCCUGUUGGGUACUGGAUCACAGGUUUCGACCAUAGUGGUGGUGGUGAUCCGAACGGAUGGCAAGUAUUUGCUCCUAACGCAAUCAAUUAUCUCGAUCGAGCGAUUCGAGAAUGGGCACCACGAUAUAAUCUGGUCGUCUUAAUUUCAUUUCAUGCUGCCAAAGGUAGUCAGAAUGGAAUGGAUCAUAGCGCAGCAUCUGAUCCGGGAAAAUCACACUGGGGAAACUAUCCGGAAAAUGUUCAAAAUACCUUGGAUGCUGUCGAAUGGUUAGCGCGAAGAUAUAAUGCCGAUGCAGCAUUUCUAGGCAUCGGUUUGCUCAAUGAACCAUCGGGUAUAUUCUUCUUCAUAUUAAAAAUUUGUCAUUUUAUCGCUAUUCUAUUGAUAGGCACAACCCCAGAAAGUGUUUUGAAACAAUACUACUAUGAUGCCUAUGGACGUAUUCGUCUUUUUUCCAGUUGCCUUCUAGUUGUCGCUCCUUUACUCUAUCAACAGGGACCUUCUGACAGCGAUUGGAAUAAUUUCAUGCGAUGGCCCUAUUUCUACAAUAUUCGUCAUGAAUGGCAUCGUUAUCAAAUUUGGGGUUUUGAGGGUUGGAACAAGGAUAGACUGAUUUCUUAUGCACAGAACGAACUAAAAAAUGCUGUAAAUGCAUGGACAGGUAACUGGUUAUUCAUUGGUGAAUGGUGCAUUGCAUCGUCGGCUAAUUUUGACAACGACGACGAUCUGCGUCGCUAUGCUCAAACUCAACUAGAAGCAUUCAAAGGAGCCACUGGGGGUUGGACCUUUUGGACAUGGAAAUUCUACCAUGAUGAUGGCUCACGAAAUGGAUGGAGCAUGAAAACUAUGAUCAAUCGAGGUUUUAUUCAACUUUAA